AUGGAGAAGCUAAUGCUCUUAUUAAUCUGCCUUUGUGGAGCGACAUAUGCUGCAGUUAUUGAAAGGCCAUUGAAAGAAAUUGACUUCUAUCAGCUCUAUAAUGUGGCCGAUCCCGAGGCUUCAAUUAGUCUUAGGAGUAAACGUUCAACGCUGGAUCGCAUAGCCGAUCAUGGCUAUCCGGUUGAACAUCAUCAUAUAGUCACGGAAGACGGUUAUGUAGUUGGCGUUUUUCGUAUACCCUAUUCCCAUAAGCUCCAAAAUCAAAAUGAAGUUCGACCCAUUGUUCUUAUACAACAUGGUUUGAUGAGCUGUUCCGAUGCCUGGAUUUUGGCUGGACCCAAUGAUGCCUUGCCCUAUUUGCUGGCCGAUGCUGGCUAUGAUGUUUGGCUGGGUAAUGGACGUGGCAAUACAUAUUCACGGAAUCACACAACACGAUCAACAAAACAUCCAGACUUCUGGAAGUUUAGUUGGCAUGAGAUUGCCUACUAUGAUAUAGCAGCCAUGAUUGAUUAUGCCCUCAGUACUGAGAAUGGUCUGCAACAGAAGGAAAAGUCCAUACACUAUGUGGGUCAUUCUCAAGGCACUACGGUUUUCUUUGCUUUAAUGUCCACGCGUCCAGAGUAUAAUGAAAAAAUCAGGACUGCCCAUAUGUUUGCACCAGUUGCCAUUAUGAAAAAUAUGGAAAAUAGAUUGGUUCGAACAUUAUCGCCGUAUUUGGGCUACCACAACGUCUACUCCAGUUUGUUUGGCUCCCAGGAGUUUAUACCAGGAAACGGUUUUCUAUUGGCCUUGUUUUUUAACACCUGUGAACCGGAUUUAUGGGCUCGCCCAGUUUGUCUGCGUGCCAUGGACUCACUUUAUGGCAAUGGACGUGUGAAUAUUACUGCAAUGCCUGAGGGAAUGGCUACUCAUCCUGCUGGUUGUUCCACCAAUCAAAUUCUACAUUAUAUGCAAGAAAAUCAAUCAGGAUAUUUUCGUCAAUUUGAUUAUGGUAAAGCCAAGAAUUUGAAAAAGUAUGGCACUGAACAGCCACCAGAUUAUCCUGUCGAACAGAUCACAUCUGCGGUGCAUCUAUGGUAUUCGGAUAACGAUGUCAUGGCGGCUGUGGAAGAUGUGGAAACCAUAGCAGAACGUAUGCCCAAUGUGUUCAUGCAUCACAUGGAGGAUCCUUUGUGGGAUCAUGCAGAUUAUGCCUUAAAUUGGGAAAUUCGUGAGUUUGUGAAUGAACCAGUUAUUGCCAUAAUGGAAGCAUAUGAAAUGGAACUUAGCCAAGUGUGA